AUGGUGGAGUCUGGUCCUGGGACAGUGAAGCCAUCAGAGACUCUGGAACUGACCUGUAAAGUGACCGGAGCCUCCCUCACUUAUUACAGUGUGGAAUGGGUACGACAAUUUCCAGGAAAGGGCCUGGAGUGGAUGGGUCGCAUCAUCCAUAAUGGAGCUACAUAUUAUGCUGAGUCAUUGAAGGGAAGAAUAACAAUAACUAGAGACACCAGUAAAGGAGAAAUUUAUUUAAAACUCAAUAAUGCGAAUACAGAUGACUCUGGCAUAUAUCGCUGUGCAAGAGCCACAGUGCAGUAA